CCUCAUUUAUCCGUCCAUUAUUAUUAUUCUUAUCCUGAUUCCAUCCACCAUCCAUCAUCCACCAUCCGACAACCAACAACCAACACCAACCUCUCCUCUCUGCUCCACUGUCACUAAACGCUGACUGGCCAUCAUUAACUGGACUUGUACGACCUUCUUUCACCCCCACCGACCGCGCCUCAGCCCAUCGCAAUUGCAUGUGAUGUACGACUCCGCCUCCGCCUCCUCCUUCUCCUAGUGCUGAGCUUCGCAUCGCGACCAGUUCCGCAGUCUCCAUUGAUUCGCUAUCCGGCACAUCGAAUAGAGUCCGUCCGGUUUCCCGCUUGUUUCUCGCUUUCGCGAUCAACUUACGCCGUCAUGUUUGGCUGGUGUAGCACCUUGGGCCUGCCCUCCGUGAGCUCAGAGCCCGAGAAAGAGCGCCGCCCUCCUCCCGCCCCCACACCACUCGCUUUCCCCGUCUAUCAACUGCCAGAACUCUCCGAGAAGGACCCCGAUGCAUCCCUGUCAAGGCUGAAUGAAGUGUUGGCCUCGAUCCGUCGACCGCAGGACAUCAACCCGCAGAAGUUUGAGGCGCUGAACCUAAGACUGGAAGAGAACGUGUCGGCUGCAGAUAUCGUUCGCCACAAUGGACCAAAGACGGACCCUCCGCUUCCGUGGGAGAACAUGUCAGCGCGCUCAUCCCCGGUGGAUGAAGAUGGCUGUCCGAUUCUAAUGGACAAUGGAAAUUCAUACCCCUCCCGGGACCGAUUUGAGGUGCUCCAGAGUGAACUGCUUCUAGACAACGACGAUGCUUUCCGAGAGGUGGGCAGACUGCCUCCCCGUGAGGGCCGGGAAAGGGUCCGUGUGGCUCAGACGAGGAAGUUCUGGACAGGACUGGAACGGAUGGCCCAAUACUGGGAUAGCAGCUUAGACGACUACUAUGAGCGCCCGAAAACCCCUCCACCCACAUCAGAGCAAGAAGGCCCCGACCAGAUGCAGACCGAUGGGGAGGUACCAUCAUCAGAGGGCCAGGACCAGCCGGAGACAUCGAUGGACGUGGACCCAGCGCCGUCCGAGGCGACCCCGGAAAUGGUAACUAUGUACAAGGGUCGCCGUAUCGGGUCGGGGAACGAGAUGCCAGAGGAUGUGCGUGAAGAAAUCAUUCGAGCGCUGACCGAAAUGGCCGCAUGGCCCUUUGGCUGUCAGGCGGCCCCGCCGAUUUCUCCCCCCCGGCUGGCCGUCAAAAACUUGCUUUUCCCUGUUCGACACACAUUCCAAGCCGCCCGGUCUCCCAAGGACCGUCAGCUGGCGCGAAGCGGGGUUAUCGAAGGGCCUGUCUUUGUAGCUCAAUGCCGCCCCGAGACCUCGUUCCGCGGCCCACAGGAGGCCCCAGGGGCUGGCAUGGGGGAGGUGUGUGAUCUGCUUCGUGAGGUGGGCGCCAUGCUCCUGACAGCCCAAGAACGGGCGAGGCAAGGAGACAUCGAGGUGAAGCCUGGUGAAGGCAAGUGGUGGACCACCGUGCCCCGAUGGGGAGGCGCAUUGAACGAUUCCGUGAGCGACUACGAGAAGGAGACUCAUGGGGAGGACAAGCUGUCGUCCAUGGGCGGAUAUGCUCGCAAACGCUCCAAGUAUGAGCACCCAUUCCUGGCAUCGCGUCGACCGAGUGCGACACGGAAAUUGAGCAACAGCGAAAGAUGGAAGAUUGUCCAACCGGGGCCCGGCCUUUGGGAUCGACGGAUGCGGUAUAUCCAGAUUGGCAAGCCGCUGGACAGUGCGUUUGACGAUAUUUACCUGCUGUCCUCCAUCAACCAUCACGUGUCGAUUCUGCAUCUGCGCGUGCACCGGCGAUAUCUCGAAGUCAUCACCCACGGGUCGAGCAAGUUUCCGCCGGUCACGGACACCCCGGACCAGCCGUGGUAUGUGCUCCAGCUCCGGCGCACGCGGUGGUACGACCUUUUCGACGGACAAGACCGGGUCGAGGUGCUGAAGGGGAUCUGGCGGAUCUUCCACUAUUUGCUACGACGGCAGCCGGAGACUCAGUUUCUGAACUGAUUACCACCAGCGGAUCUUGCGUUUGCGUUUAUUAUACCAAUUUGUUUACGUCUGUUGUAGACGGAGCGUCUAUUGCAUGGCAUGAUGGAAUGUAUUAUGAGGGUCGAGGGAUGACAUUGACAUGUAGAUGAUCAUACUGAUGAUAUCCGGCAUAUAGAAAUGGCAUGAUGCAUCUUCCUGCACAAGCGAGAUGUAACUUGGAUCUAUCCUAGGGAGACCGCUGUCAUUUUGGUCCUGCUGCAUGCGAUGCUGGUGGCUGUAGACACCAACCACCAACCACCAACCACCAACCAAUCAACCAACCAACAGCCUACCCAUCCGAUCAAACAGA